AACAUGCAUAUUGAAGUAACUUUUCCCAUUCUGCCACGGGAGCCUCCCAGAAAUGGGGUGGCCAGGACUACUUUAGAAUUGAUUAAAGAAGAUAAUUUGCCAAAUGAAGAAGAUGUUUCAUGGAUAAUCAGCAGCGUUGGAUUCCCAGUCUUCAAAAUGAACGGUUUCAAUGAAUAUUACGUUUUGCUUAAGGAUUUGGCACACAUUUGGGGGUAUCCCUCUUCUUACCAACUUAUCAACAAAUUGAUAAAGAACACGGCGAUUGAAAGAAAUGAUUUGUUGAAAAGUACAGACCAAGAUCUUAACCUUUUACUUUUAAACCAUGAGUUGAUCAGUUCGAAGGAGGUUAAAUUCAAGCUCUUUUACACCAAGCUCUCGGUAAUUUACACGCUAGUGCAAAACAAGGAAGUGUUUUUUGGAGGUGAGACUGAAGGUGCGAUCUUACAAAGUGGUUCAGCUAGAGCUGAUGAAGAACACGUUUUUAACGAAUCAUCAAGUACGGCUCAUUCAAAAGAAGUUGGUGAGGGAUCGAAUAAAUCAUCCGAUGAAAUAAACAUUGAAGAAGUGAAGAAAUCCUCUCACAAGACUCCUGAAGAUAAGAUUACAAUCAGUCAAGUAUUUCCUCACUAUGGAAUAGUUGAAUCCCAUAUUGAGAUGAGCCAUUCUUUCUUCAAUUCCUUGAAUAGUUUGGCGAAGUUAAAUUACUAUAAAUCCAGUCCCAACGCCUAUAGAUUCCUUCCAAACAAUAAAUUGACAUAUGCGGAGCGUGAAAUUAUCAACAGAGACAAUGACUUCUCUGACAUUCAGCUUGAAGAUUCAAAGAGAGCUAAUGGGAAGGAUAGCCGCAAGAAUAUUGGAAAGAAGAAGAGCACCAAUAGCUUUGACCUCAAUUCGAUCGAUUUGACAGAAUCAGUUAUUCCAGGCCAGGGUUAUAUUCAAGAGUUCAAUGUUAACCAUUUAUGCAAGGUCCCGAGUUAUUAUAUUACAACCAACAAUCAGCAGGCUGCAUUGCAGCCAAAGUCAGGAUUCAAUAUGAAGAGAAUCAACCAAACUUCUAACUCUUCCUUUCUAUUCAACGAAAAUUUGAAAACAUCUAAAAGUGUUCAAAAGCUUCUUUUCAGCAACGAAGCGGAUAACAAUAACUAUACUAAGUAUUAUUAUACCAAGAGUUACAGGGGACCUGGCAGUGGUAAUUACAAAGAUGCAUCUGUGAUGAAUAGGAUAAACAGGAUUCAAACAACAACAGAUCCCAUUAGAAAUUCUCAUAAGGUAUCUAAGCAGCUUUUCAAACCACCAAAAGUAAGGUAUAAUCAGAAUUUAAAGGGGUUGGUACAUGAUAAAUUUAGUAAAAAAGUGGUCGACAGAAUCUUUGCUAAGCAAAGAACGUACACCGAAGACUACAUUAAUCUUGAGAUGUUGCAUAGUAAUGCUCAAUUCAAUUUGUUGGUCAAUUCUUAUAGGGAAAUAUCUGAGGACACUUGGGAGAAUUACUAUAAGUACAAAAUGACCGACUUUGAACAAUUAGGUGCUUCGCAAAAAGAACGGGCCGAGAUUGAAGCACGUGAUGCUUACAUCCGUAACUAUCAAGAAUGGCAGAAAGGCGAAUCUGAUAGGCAAGAAAAGCUUAGAACCAAAACGGAAAGAGCGAAGCAGCGUGACGAGAGAGUACAGAUGAGAAAUUUACAGAAACAGAGGGAGAUCGAAGAGAAAAGGAGAAGGCGACAAUUAGAGGCGUCGUUCAAUGAUCCUUUUGGUAGUAAUGAAGAUGAUUUCCUCAAAGAAUUAGAAGAAGACAAUGCAAUAGAAGAUGAAAACUCCGAACAAUCGGAAGACGAGGCUGAUUUACAUGUUGCCAAACCACCUCCAACACCAAUAGAAACUCCCCAACUUGACAUUCAGGGUAAGUUUACUCUCCCUACGUUUCAUCCUGAAAUUAUCAAGCUGUUGCCAGCUGAUUUGAGAGACCAAGACCAGGCCCCUAUACCGUCUAUUAAGAGGGUUAUACGGUAUACUAGCACAUAUCCAGACACCAGCAAUCCUGAAAUUUUGAACAAACUUGAAAUAAUCAAAUUACCCAAUUCCAAUUCCAUGGGCUGGGAUAAUUUGCGCAAAUACAGAGAGUGACCUCUAGAUCUUUAAUAGGAAUUUUAAUGAACGUUCUAUGACGAAA